AUGUCCGCAGAAUUAGACCUUUCACCUCCAGAGGUACCUGACCCCACCUUGCUCGAGAGCCUCCUGGACAAUGGACUCUUUCUGGGAGCCACUGUCCAACUCCUCUGCAUCUUGGCUGUCAUAAUACCCACCUCCAACUAGUAUGAACAGGAAGCGGAGCCAAAUGACUUUCAAUUGAAGCCUGCUGACCUGAAUGAGAAGUCCAAAGGACCCCUGCCUGAGAUUCGUCAGAAACUACAGAAAGAGAGCAAGAAGAAGCGAUAG